AGUGCCUCUAGUCCAGGGCGUUAGUGCGAGUUCCUCCACUAGGCGUUGAAGGCGCCCUGGWACAGAGCUAGCAGAAGGGUAGCUAAAGCAAACUAUUGUCAUUAACUCGUGACCGUAAGCCCGCCCCGUGACAUCGUACUUCAAAACAAGGAUGCAUCUCGACUUUAGAAAUGGAAUAGUUCGCCACAAUCAAAGAUCACGCGGAUACGGAAAAGCUGUAGAAAAUGAUGACAUUGCAUACAUCCUGUACAAUGACCAGAGACCACCCGAGGAGGGAGAAAGAGGAUUUGGUUUCCUUAGUAGCCGAGGUGGCCACACUAAAGGUGUUGUCUUAUUGGACAAGACACAGGGCUACUGGUUGGUCCACAGCACCCCUMAUUUCCCCCCUGUAAAGGAAAUAGGGAAAUAUUCCUACCCAGGUAGUGGUGUACAGAAUGGACAGAACUUCAUCUGUGUGACSUACCCACUGGAACGCUUUCAGGCCAUUGGAGAGCAGUUGCAGAUCAACCAGCCCAAUGUGUAUGACUGUGGUGUCCCUGCUUCCUUGGCCUCUCUGGUGCCCGCACUGGCUGACGUCUGUAACAACAGCCAAGGGCAGAUGGCCUAUAGCAACAUACCGCACAMCCAACCUGCAUCCAAUCGCAGUGUGUCUCUCACCUCAUUGGGUGGAACCGAGUUCAUCAGCUUUGCCAAGGGGAGAUCAUUCAAUAAUGAUCUGUACCACUCCUGGGUGGCUCCCUCCCUCCAGUCAGACCUCCUAGUCCAGUUCUGGAUCCGCUCCACUGGCAUCCUGCCCUCUGACUGCUCCCUGGGCUGGAAGGUCCUGGACAUCCAGCUUAUCUCCCCAGGCGGGAGGAUCACCUUCAAGGCCUCCAACGACCACUCCAAGUGGGCCGUGAGUACCACCGGGGGUGGGGUGGAUAGAGCUGCUGGCUGGGUGUGUGUGGGCGACAUCAACCGGAACGAGGCUGAGGAGAAGAGAGGGGGCGGGACAGUGUGUCUGCAGGACGCCACGGUGUGGAAGGCCUAUCGGACAGCGGYGCUGGAGUGUGAGAUGUGCGGGGGAGGGACCAGCGGGUGUGAUGUGGACRUAGAGGAUGCAAGGCACUACCAGGAAGAUAUGAAUCCGUAAGCAUCAGUGUGGCAGCAGUGUAAAGUUACUAGUAUGCACACAGUUCCCUGAGCAGCCUGGUGUAUCAGUAUUAUUGAGCUCCAUGAACAAGGUACCCCAUAGAAUGUUGAUUAAUAAGGUACCAGCAUCUAAUUCACUUUUUUUAUGGCAGUUUUUAUGGCAGAGUGUUUCAUAAAUUGCCAUGAAUAGAAACAUACUUGAAAGGGAAGUGGCACUCCUAUAAUAAUUCAAGAAUGAGCACUUUGCUACAUUCUGUGUAGUUCUAUGAGUUGCUAAUGACUGUAGGAAAUGUUGAUUGUGAUCUCAGGUACAUUUUAUAUGUGUCUGUUUUCAACCUUUUUUUAUGUAUAAAUGAUUUUAUUUUAAAUGAUCGUGCACAAAUAUUUUGCAUAAGGUUCUUCAUUAAACUUCCUCAUCCACCAACAAGCUA